AAGAACGGCGGAAGCGGGAGCGGUGCUGAGCGGCGUACGGCAGCCCAGGGCACGCCAUGGAUCUGCUCCCAAACUUCUCUUCUGCCACUUGGCUGCUGCUCAUCCUUUUCUUUAGCCUCCUGCUGCUCUAUGGGAUAUGGCCCUUCCAGACCUUCAAGAAGCUAGGCAUCCCUGGGCCACAGCCUGUGCCAUUCUUUGGAACUUUGCUGCAAUACAGGGAGGGAGUCCAGAAUUUUGAUGUGAUGUGCUUUAAAACGUAUGGCAAAAUCUGGGGGUUUUUUGAUGGCAGGCAACCUGUGAUGGCUGUUUUGGACCCCAUCCUUGUCAAAAACGUCCUGGUGAAAGAAUGCUAUGCCAUUUUUACCAACCGCCGGAACUUCCGCCUGAAUGGGCUGCUGGGGUCAGCUCUCAACGUGGCUGAAGACGACCAGUGGAGAAGGAUUCGUACUGUGCUGUCUCCAACCUUCACCAGUGGGAAGCUGAAGGAGAUGUUCCCUAUUAUUAAGCUCUAUGGUGAAAAAUUAGUGAAGAACGUUGAGAAGAAAGUGGCUAAUGAUGAGUUUGUGGCCAUGAAGGACCUUUUUGGAGCCUACAGCAUGGAUGUGGUGACCAGUACUUCUUUCAGUGUGAAUAUUGACUCCAUGAGCAACCCCAGUGACCCCUUUGUCACCAACAUGAAGAAAUUUCUCAAAUUCAGAUUCUUGAGCCCCCUGUUCAUGCUCUUAGUGUUGUUCCCCUUCACUACCCCAGUGUUGGAAAAGAUGAAUUUUACUCUCUUACCCUCAGAAGUCAUGGAAUUCUUCAGGAAUGUCUUCACAAAAAUGAAGAAGGAAAGAGAAAAUAGCAGCACCGUGGAUCGUGUUGAUUUCCUGCAACUUAUGAUUGACUCACAGGACUCACAAGACAGCUCCAAGUCUGCUGAGACAGACUUGUACAAAACAUUAAGUGAUGAGGAGAUCCUGGCCCAGGCUCUUAUCUUUGUCUUUGCUGGUUAUGAGACCACCAGCUCCACCCUGACCUACAUGUCCUACAACCUGGCCACUCACCCUGAUGUACAGCAGCAGCUCCAGGAUGAGAUUGAUGCAACCCUGCCUAACAAGGCUGCCCCCACGUACAGCGCCCUGCUGCAGAUGGAGUACCUCGACAUGGUGGUGAACGAAUCCCUGCGACUCUUCAGCGUUGGGGGCCGGAUCGAGAGGGUCUGCAAGAAGACAGUGGAGAUCAAUGGUGUGACCAUUCCAAAGGGCAUGACAGUCAUGAUCCCAGCCCACGUGCUGCAUCGUCACCCAGACUACUGGCCAGAGCCGGACGAGUUCAGGCCUGAGAGGUUCAGUAAAGAGAAGAGAGAGUCUAUUGACCCCUACACCUUCCUGCCAUUUGGGGCUGGCCCCAGAAACUGCAUAGGGAUGAGGUUUGCUCUGAUCAUCGUGAAAAUGGCUGUGGUCAUCCUGCUGCAAAACUUCUCAUUCAGAACCUGCAAAGACACUCCGAUCCCUCUUGUUCUGGACACUAAAGGUUUCAUGCAACCAAAGCAGCCCGUUGUCCUGAAGAUGGUCCCCAGAUCCCAAGCCAAUAUGGAGAAGUGAAGCAAGCAGAGACUCUUGUUUCAUGGUGCCUUCUGUAAACUCUUGAGAGAAGACCCAGCCUGAUGUGUGUGCUGUAGAAAUGUCAAUGCUGCAACUCCCCAUCUUUAAACCAGAGCAUGAGGGGUUUGUCCCAGAAUAAUCACACAAGCACCGUCCUAAUGAAAACGAGCCUCAGGUCCCACUGUCCCACAUCACAAUAGGCAUUUUGCAAGACCAAUUGCACUCAAGUUAUUUGGGCUUUCUUUCCCCCCCACCCUUCUUUCCCCUCUCCCUCUGAAGAGGCACUUUUCUAAGCAAUUUGAUUCCAGACACUGUCAGUCUCUUCUGGCAGUGCAAUUUAAAUCAAGAUAGGGAGAGCAAAUUGCACAUAGUUAAGUAAUGCUGCCAUCUCUCCUGUGCCUGCUGCCUGCUGGGGUGACUCUGUAUGUCUUCUGGUUUUAUUCUCCUGGGAAUGCAGAGUUGUCCAGGGCUAUUUCCUCAGCUGUGUGCUGUGACCCUGACAAGUGUUAUAAUGGUCGCAUCCUUGCAGGAACGAGAGCCUGCGGCAGAUUUUCUGAUGCUGAUUUAUUUAGAUUUCCUUGUGAUUUUUAGAUGGCUUUUGCGUGAUUCAGAGUGCAGAUGAGUUAACUGGAGGAGCCCAGAGACAAGCAGUUACCCCUAAUGACUGGAGAUUGGCAGAGUGGGAGAGAAGUGCCCCACAUGUGUUUCCCAAUUGUUUGCUUAUUUUACCGCAGGCGUGCAGCCAUCUCUCAUAGAAGGGAUUGUCAACACAGGCACCAUCAAUACUGGUACCAUGACAUCUUUUUAGUCUCUGAUUUAUAUUAGGCCAUUGUAAGGCCAACUUUUCUGAAUUAAUAAUGAUGCAAGGUGCAGCACUGAGAUCCUUCAGAUGUCCCAGAGAAGCCUAGUCUGGAAGAGAAGUAUUGCCUUUGGCUAUUGAGAGCUGGAAAGUCUUGCAAGACUUUGUCAUUUUUUAUACUCCAGAAGGUCUGUAUUCUCACAGUUCAUAUUAUUCCUCAAGAAAGUGCUACUGGAGGGCUAACUGCAGCAUAAAGUUCACUUAACUCUUCUGUAACCAGCUGAUGCCAGUCUUGGACGUGUUCCUGUGUGAUUUGGUCUAGGUGAUACUGCUCUGGCAGCGGGGUUGGACUGCAUUAGCUUUGGGGGUCCCUUCCAGCUCCUGACAUUCUGUGGUUCCUCCAUACAAAAGUGAAUCUCAUAAGCUAGUGACCACACAACAACCUGGUGCUGUAACCUCUCCCACCUUCCACACUUAUUUGGCAGGAUCCUCAAAAAAAAUCAGCACCACGAUGGUAGAAGAUCUCUUGGAGAAUUCAUUCUUCCCCUAUCAUCUGGUAUCACCACAUACUACUGAGGGUGUGAUCUUGCUAGUGUCAGCCAAGUGUUUGUCUUUCUGUGAGAGAAACGUUUGAUUGCAGUGUCUGUACUUGCAGCCAUGAGACCAGCUGGCCCCAUGCAGGGUUCCAAGUGCUCUCCAUCCUCCCUAGGACCCUAACCACCUCACAUACCUGCUUUGCUGUACCAUUCCACAGGAAGAUGAAUUCUGCUUCCAAGCUCUCGAAUUCCAGCACUGAGUGAAAUCCUUGCAUGUAUAUGGGAUGCAUCUAACCCAGUCACUACCCUAUAUAAUGCUGCUUGGAUUCAUAGAUUCAUAGAAUCAACCAGGUCAGAAGAGACCUCCAAGAUCAUCCAGUCCAACCUCGCACCCAGCCCUAGCCAGUCAACCAGACCAUGGCACUAAGUGCCUCAGCCAGUCUAUUCUUGAACACCUCCAGGGAGGGUGACUCCACCACCUCCCUGGGCAGCCCAUUCCAAUGCCAAUCACUCUCUCUGGCAACAACUUCCUCCUAACAUCCAGCCUAGACCUCCCCUGGCACAACUUGAGACUGUGUCCCCUUGUUCUAUUGGUGGUUGUCUGGGAGAAGAGACCAACCCCCACCUGGCUACAGCCUCCCAUCAGGUAGUUGUAGACAGCAAUGAGGUCACCCCUGAGCCUCCUCUUCUGCAGGCUGCACACCCCCAGCUCUCUCAGCCUCUCCUCACAGGGUUGUACUCCAGGCCCCUCACCAGCUUCGUCGCCCUUCUCUGGACACAUUCCAGUAUCUCAGCAUCUCUCUUGAACUGAGAUUCCUGGCAAUUGAUUUGAUUGAAUGAAUUCCUGGGAAAUUAAAAUAUUAUAUCCUGAUGGAAUCCUUUUGUGUGUCAUCAAUAGGAAGGGCUGCUUCUGGAGGUGCAGAGUUUAAAAUGACAGAAGUCUGAAAUAAAUGGUUGAGCAGAGUCAGUA